AUGUACUACGCCAUCCUCCGAAUCAAAACAUCCACCAGCUUCAAGACUUCCAGCUCGAUUCCUCGAAACCCACAUCUCACUCAGACGGGUCUGGGGAAAGACACCUAG